CUGCAGCUGCCAAGAACUUCUGGAUUGGCUGACUGGAGCUCUGCCCAUCAGAGAUCAGAUUUCCCUCCGUCGGCACACCGUGAAGCUCAGACAGAAAUAGAUGUUUCAAGUUGACCUACACAGGAGCGUUAGACUUUGUUUUGAAAUCAGCACCAGUGAAGUCCUUUAUUUUGUAACUUAAAAGUAAUAUCUGUGAGGAACUGGAGUGGAAUAUGAUUUUUUUAUUUUUAUUUUGAGUGAAUGAGUUUUUUUUUUAAUUUUCCACUCUGCUUUUGCUUAUUUUUUUUUAUUAUUUUACAUCAAAUGUUAUGGUCACUUUAAAAUGUGCAAACUGAUUUCCAGUGGAGGGCAGCAGAGAGCCUUUGUUGAGAUUAAGAUACCACGUGACCAUGUAGGCCUCAAAGCAGGAGGCACGUGUUUACACAGUACCAUGGAGGCCCUGUGCUCUCAUAUCUAUGCAUCUGACUGGGUUUUUGGUAGUCUGUGUGAACUAACUAAAUAUUUAAAGUGUCCAUAGGGGUGCAUCAGUCAUCAUGGACAAGAGUCCUGGUCUGCCAGGAUGCAGCUACCUGAAUCCUGAGAGGACGCUCGGAGAGAUCCAGAUCAACUUGCUGGAGUGCAAAGUCUGCUUUGAGCCGUUUAAUUCUCAACAGAGAGGAAGAAGACCGCAAAACCUUUCCUGUGGCCAUGUUCUCUGUCUGGAAUGCAUCACGGCUUUGUCCCACCCUCUUCUGGGGAAGCUGGAGUGCCCAUUCUGUCGACAGCUGUGCAGUGUUGACAGCACGUCUCCAUGCCAGGCUCUUAAUGACUUGCAAGAGCUUGUAUUGUCACGGAGGCCUUCUUCCCCCGAUCAUCCUCGCAGAACCUCUGGUCUGACUGGCGCAGCUCUACAGCUGCAAACUUCUUUCGGUGGAUGGGGGACUCUGGUCAACCCCACUGGAAUUGCUGCUUUGGGGUCUUCAGGGACAUUAGUUAUUGUUCACGAUGGAGAGAAAAGGGUAGUGGUUUUCAGCUUACUUGGAAGGAAGCUACACAGUUUUGGGAAAAAAGGAAAAGCUGUGGGAGAAAUCUGUUACCCAAUGGAUGUGGCGGUGACUCCAGCCGGCUACAUUGUGGUGACGGAUCCAGGGGACAGAGCUGUCAAGGUUUUCACCUCCAGGGGGAAUCACCUAAUAACAAUCAAGGACUCCCUCCAGUUGCCCUGGGGUGUAGACACACACAUCUCUGGGCACCUCCUGGUCUCAGACGCCCAGGCUGGGAUACUAUUCAGGAUGAAAGUGGACUACACUCAACGUGUCAUUGUGGAGAGUCAAAAAGCCAUCUCAGAUCUUCAGUGUCCCAGAGCGGUGGCGUGCUGUCGGGUGACUGGAAACACAGCGGUGAUGGAGCACCCAACCGACAUCACACAUCCCACAGAGUGCCGCCCAUACAGACGGCUGAGAGUAUUCACAAAGGACUUCCACCUCCUCUACCAGACCGACAGUUUCAGCCUGACUCUGCAGUCAACAGUACAGCUGAACAUGUCAGCUGUGAUCUUUGAUGGAGAUAGAGAUGUAAUAGUGACAGAUGCAGAUCAGGGGUUGAUUUGGAGUUUAGGGAAGCUCAAAAAUGGCCCAGUCCUAGCUCCUCUUGUGGGGAAUCAUCUCAUCAGACCUGUUGGCUUGGUGUUACUAAAUGACAUGCUCAUCACCCUGGAUGGUGGUGACCACACUGUGAAGAUUUUCUCUAAUAAACUUGACUAAAACAUACA